AUGGCUGUGGACAACGAAUUAGACGUUAAAGAGGCGUUUCAGUGCGCCCAGAAGAGCCACCACAACAGGGCAAAGCUGGUGGCGAGCCUCAAGAGCAGCUACAACCAGCUGGAGGACAAAGAGUUCUUCCACGAGGAGUUUGUCAGCUAUUUGAAACAUGCAAUGAUUAUCUACAAGCGUGAGCCCGCUGUGGAAAAUGUCAUUGAAUUUGUGGUGAGAUUCGCCACAAGCUUCCAGUCUCUACCGAAAGCUGAUAAUGAAGAUGAAGAGGAGGAGGAAGAAAAAGAGGAAGAGGACGAUCAUCCGUUUUUAAGUUUCCUUUUCAACUUCUUGCUGGAGUCUCAUAAUGCGUGCAGCCAUGCAGUGCGCUUCCGGGUGUGCCAGCUCAUCAACAGGCUGCUUGGCAGCAUGGCGGAGGAUGCACAAAUCGAUGACGAACUCUUCGAUCGCAUCCAUCAAGCCAUGCUGGUCCGUGUCACUGACAAGUUUCCCAAUGUGCGCAUCCAGGCCGCCUUGGCCAUGACCCGACUGCAGCAGCCAAAUGAUCCUGAUUGUCCCACCAUAAAUGCCUUCAUGCUUAUUCUGGAAAAUGACACCAAUGCUGAGGUGCGCCGAGCUGUCCUAUCCUGCGUCGCCAUGUCUCCUUGCACCCUUCCAAAGGUCCUCAAACGCACCCGAGAUGUGAAAGAAAAUGUCCGCAAACUAGCUUACCAGGUUCUGGCUGACAAGGUUCAUGUUAAAGCUCUGUCCAUAGCACAGAGAGUGAGUCUACUUGAACAGGGACUGAAUGACAUAUCAGAAGGAGUAAGGGAGAUGGUGUGUUCACGUCUACUUCCUGCUUGGCUUCUUCGGCUGGAUGGAAAUAUCAUGGAGCUUCUCCACAGACUUGAUGUGGAGAACUGUGCCCAAACAGCAUUGGACAUGCUAAACACCAUUUUCAAAGGCAUGGACACUGAUGAGCUGCUGCAGAACCAAUUGCCGUUGGACAGCAGGAAGCUGAUCCCAGUUCAGUCACUGACAUGUGAGAAUGUGAUUUACUGGAGAGCUCAAUGCAAGUUCUUCAAGGAAAAAGGGGACGAUAGUGAUGAAAUGUUGGAGCAGGUCUUGCCAGAUGCGGCCACUUUUGCAGACUACCUCUACGAGUAUGUGGGAGCAGUGCAAUUGCUGUCAGAGGAGCAGAAAGCAGACUUGACCCAGAUGGAGUUGGUCAUGACCAAGGAUUUUAUCUCUCAGCAUCUCAUUCAUCUCAUUGGUUGCCUGGACACCAAUGAAGAAGGUGGCAGGAAACGUGUUCUGGCUGUGCUGCAAGAGAUGUUGACUCUGCCACAGACACCCUCCUCAUUGGUCUUUUUGCUCACUGAGAAGCUCCUCACACUCAUGCCUAACGACCAACGACGCAUUCAAACCGUGGCAGAAAUAAUCUCAGAUGUGCGGGCGCCAAUCUCGGAAGCAAGUCAACCGGUGGACGAGAAUGUCAGCCGUCGCCAACAGGUUCAGCUGGCAGAGGUGAAGGUGCGCAUCUUGGAAGCUAAACAAGCCCUGGAAGAGUGCAUCGCUGCUCAAGACUUUGGCCGUGCUGCUGAGUUGAAGGACUCCAUCACAGAGCAGGAGAACCAGCGCAACAAGAUCCUCCAGGAGAUUGCAGCAAGUAACCAGCAGGCUGACAUUGAGAUCCGCGUCGAGAAGAAUGAUCCCGAGACUCUGCUGAGGUGUCUGGCAAUGUGUGUCGAGCUGCUUAAGCAGUUGAACAUCAAGAAUAAAAUCAGCCCGACAAUAAGCGCCUUGAUGACCUCUCUGAUCCUGCCCAGCAUCGCAAAUGCUCAUCCCACUGUCCGCAGUAUGGCUGUGGUGUGUUUGGGUACUUGCGCUCUGCACAGCAAGGAGGUUGCCAACACCCACAUGGUCCUUCUGCUACAGAUCGCUCAACUCGACGAGGUCAAGAUUCGCAUCAGUGCUCUCCGAGCAGUCAUCGACCUGCUGCUGCUGUUUGGCUUCCAGCUGGUCUCUGAAACUGGCAGUGACCAGAAGCCUCAGCUGCCGGGAUCACCAGACCAGGAGGAAGAGGAGGAAGCGGAGACACAGAUGGCGCAGGCUGAAAUGAGGGGGGAGGACACAGCGCAGAGCAUUUUGGUGAUGCUUUCAGAGCUCUUGGACAGUGAGGUGUCCGAACUGCGCACAGAGACAGCUGAGGGUCUGGCCAAACUAAUGUACAUGGGUCGUAUGUCCAGUGCCAAGAUUCUAUCACGUCUGAUUCUGCUGUGGUACAACCCGAUCACUGAGGACGACAUCCGUCUGCGACACUGCCUGGGCGUCUUUUUCCAGCUAUAUGCCCGUGACAAAAGGGCCCACCAAGAAGUCAUCGAGGAGAGCUUCCUCCCAACUGUGCAUACGCUAAUGAAUGCCCCCCCGACAUCUCCCCUGGCCGAGGUCGACGUUAACAAUGUAGUGGAGCUCUUUGUUGAACUGACCCGCCCGAGUGCCCUCAUGAAGCCUUCCGCCAUCACAGAAGAAGCCAGUGUCCAUGACUACCUGGCGGUGCGCAUGUGUGGCGAGAUGCUGAAGGACCCCACUGCCCCCGAGGUUCGUCUCUAUGCCAAAACCUUGAGCUACCUGGAGCUGAGCAGGAAUGAGACUGUCAAAAAAGACAUGCUGUCACUUCUGCAGCAGCUAGUGCAGGUGGUGAAGGACCGCGUCACUCUGCGCGCGCUGGAGAAGAUGAUUUCUCAACUGGCGGAUUCUAAAGAACAGACUGAGCUCCUCAGUGAGUCUACGCUGCAGCCGCUGAAUGCCAAUGCAGACGACACUGUUGCAGAUGAGCCCGCAAAAUCAGCCAAAAGAUGCAGAAGAGGUCAAAGGAAGCCCAGUGCAGCCAAAGGAGGAAGAAAGGCAAGCAAGCGAGCAGAGUCCUCUGAGGAGAGCAGUGAUGGAGAAAAUGUCCCCGACUCCCCUCCUGUGGUGCGUCCCUCUCGUAAAGCCAAGAUUGCAGCUCUGGAGAAGACGAAACUGGAUCUCAAUCCACUCCUCAACCAGGAGGCUAACUUGUCUUAA